AUGUUCCAUCGACUUUUACAAUCGAUGGCGAACAUGUGGAACAGUAUGUGGGGAAUGGAUCACAUGUUCCACCACCGUUCUCCAGCUUCGGAGAAGAAUAGUACUACGGAAAACCCGCUGGUGAAAUUAGACGGAGAUAAAGAAACUGUGGAUGCACGUAACACUACAAAACCAUUCGGCUUCCCGGAACCACCGAAAUUCUGUCUCGAAAAUGCCUAA